AUGAAAUCCUCAAGCCAAAUCAUAGAUUUGUCAUACCCUCGUAGCUAUUCAAGAACCGGUGAAUGCUAUGGGCCACCCCCAGAGUCUUAUAACACUCCAAUCUACUGUCGCCCUAGUGAAUGCUACGUCCACCCCGCAAUCUUACAACACUCAUAUCUUUCCAUGGCCAACGUCUAUGGUCUAACCGCUCAUAUCCUCAACACUGUUUUAGCUGCAGGCUUGGACACAUCGUCUGCAACAUUAACAUGGGCUUUAUGUUUGUUGCUCAACAACCCAAGAGUAUUAGAAAUUUCCCAAGAUGAAUUGGAUGAGCAUGUUGGAAGGAAGAGAGCAGUAGAGGAGUCGGACCUGAAGAACCUUGUUUACCUUGAUGCAAUUGUUAAAGAAACACUACGUUUAUACCCGCCUGGACCUCUAAACCUUCCUCAUGAGUCCAUGGAGGAUUGCAUUAUUGGUGGCUACAAAAUCCCUAAAGGCACACGUUUAUUGACUAAUCUUUGGAAAAUUCAACAUGAUCCUAAUAAAUGGUCAGCUCCUGAAGAAUUUCAGCCAGAAAGAUUCUUGACAAGUCAUAAACAUGUGGAUGUUAGGGGAAACAAUUAUGAAUUGCUUCCUUUCGGUAGUGAUAGAAGAGUAUGCCCUGCUAUUCCCUUUGCUCUUCGUUCUUUGCAUAUAACUUUAGCUACUUUAAUACAACAAUUUGUGCUUAAAAACCCAUCCAAUGAACUCAUUGAUAUGAGUGAAAGCUGGAGUGACUAUCAGCAAAGCCAUCCCACUUGA